GAUGAGGUGGCGGUGGUGGUGGUGGUGACGACUGGUGCCGUGGAUGGACGGACGGUCGGUCGGUCGGCGGUCGGGUCGUGGUGUGUAAAGAAGUGGAAAAUUCGCAAGUGGUGUGUGCUGGAUUGGCCGAGUUGGUUGGUUGGUUGGUCGGAUCGGUCGGUCGGUCGGUCGGUCGGUUGGUUGGUUGGUUGCUUGGUGUGUAUGUGUAUGUGUGCGCGGUGAUAACGUCGGGGUAGCACCGCAAGGAGGAAAUCUGGCUGUGCGUGCGUGCUUUUAGAUCGUACAGGGGUCUGUUGCUGCCGCCACUGCUGUUGCUGCUGCUGGUGCUGCUAACAAGGAAGACAUCGCGAGAACGACGACGCGUGGAACCGAGCAGAAAAAGGAGCGUGAGAGGAGAAAUGUCCGAUCGGGAGAGCCUGGACGAUCAGCCACAAAAGUAUGGAAAUCCAGGUGGCAUGGAUGCUGGAGGAGCCGACUUUGACUCCGGUCAACAAAGUCAGCAAAAUGAGCAGGAACUGGCGACCAAAAUGUUGCAAAUACAAAGCAAACGAUUCUACCUUGACGUGAAGCAAAAUAGACGCGGAAGAUUUAUCAAAGUAGCCGAGAUCGGAGCGGACGGAAGAAGAAGUCAAAUAUAUUUAGCACUCAGCACAGCAUUCGAGUUUCGGAACCAUCUGUCAACAUUUAGCGACUAUUAUGCAUCGUUAGGUCCACCAAAUCCUGAAAAUGUGCCGGACGAUGGAAAACUGAAGUCAGAAAUGAUGGUCAAGGACAACAGGCGGUAUUACCUGGAUCUCAAGGAAAAUUCUCGUGGUCGUUUCCUGCGGGUGAGUUACCCUGUAUCACAAACGAUAACACGGGGAGGACCUAGGACGCAGAUUGCGAUACCUGCGCAAGGUAUGAUCGAGUUUCGUGACGCGUUGACGGAUCUUUUGGAAGAAUUUGGUACAGAUGACGGAGGUUUUAAAGGUGAUCUACCUGAUGGUCGCUACAUGCGUGUUGAGGGGAAGAAUUUUUAUUUUGAUAUAGGUCAAAAUAAUCGUGGUAUCUAUAUGAGAAUUUCUGAGGUCAAAACGAACUUUCGAACAGCGAUAACCGUGCCGGAGAAAUCAUGGGCGCGUUUCCGUGACAUAUUUGCGGAUUACUGCGAGAAAAUGCAAGAAGGUGGAGGAGCAGGGGUUGGCGUUGGUGGUAUGAGCGGUGGAAGCGGUGGAAGCGGUGGGAAUGUUCUUUCAGAGGGGAAAGGCUCGGUAGUGGCACAGGUACCAUCACCAUCUUCGACCUCGCAACAGCCUAACCCCAAUCCAAAUUUAGACUCACCCUUAAUCAAGUGAAAAAGGCUUUAAUUUAACUCGAACAUUGGAAUUAUAAUCGUAACUCGUUUUGUCAAGACAUUAAUUAAGCGAACUAAAGAAACUUAUCAGAGUCUAUGCCAUCGUCAUCGCCAUUUUCAUCGACAUCGACAUCGGCAUCGACAACAACAACAACAACUACAACAACAACAACAACUACUACUACUAC